AUGUUGGGCUUGUCAUUAGGGCUCGGUCUUAACCUGGCCUCCUCGCUGAAGAAAUACGCCGUUACCUUGCGCUGGUCGCUACUCGCGAGACGAUUCGUAUCCCUGGAGACCUUCGAUUUGAUCCUAGGGGUAGAGACGCUUACUAAGGUACUAAGGUUGAUGGUAGAGUCAAUGCCAGGCAUACGUGCCGUGCCUUUACUCCGUGAAAUUCCUUGGCUAAAGAAUAAACCAAGAGACGGCCCACUGUACACCCCGAUAUUCUGCAUGCUUUGGCUUUUAGUAAAUAUCGGCGCUCAGAUACUUGUUGCCGCUCUGAGUCUUUUCUGGCCCGUAGACCCUUCAUCCGCGAUGCCGCUUUUCGUCCACGGGAACGUCUCUGUGUCCGACAUGACCAACUGGAACCCGGCCGCGGGCGCGCAAGAGACAAAUCAAUCACAGCUAGCAGCUGCAAAUGCCUACGGAAUCCAAGCUGAGAACUAUCCUGUAAUUUCUAUAUUAAAAGACAAGAAAAACAAAAUCGCAGCCCAACGAAACACCAUCCUGGAAGGGGACGGUUUCCACGAGUACCGGUUUCUCAACCGCAAUCCCGAUCAUCCCUACGAUAAUGUUCUGGCUUCUGGCCGCACCAUUCGCGCGAGUGCAUCUUGCCAGCAGUUUGCCGUGAAAGGAAACACCCUAUAUGAAGAUGACGAUGGCCAGUACUACGCCAACGCGACACUUGAUAACGGAAAUUGGCAAAAGAUUGAAGUGCCGCAAUGGGUCCAAGGCGGCGUUACCUGGGUCGCAUCACAUGAAGCAUUCUGCGGCCCACGCUGCACAAACCUGACCGUCUACCAACACCCAAAUGAUAUCGAAGUUUUCUCUGCUGCUUUGUUCCUGUGCAACAACACAUUAGAUCACGUCCUAGAUGGUGGCUCUGAUUUUAGCCAUCUUAGCGAUGAAGACUGGAAGCAUAUCAACGGCACUGACGAAUUCGCCCGGAUCGGAGCCGGCGCGAUCGCUUGGACGGGAUAUAGUAUGUCAGGCCACGACCUUUUCCAAUGGCAAGGCUACUUGGGUCGCGGUGGGUCGAAAUGGAGCCCCCCGCACCAGGUGAAUAGAACAGAGAUUGAGGGUCUGCUGUCUCAAUUCACUAUUGGUUCACUCGCAGCGCUGGACGACCACGGCCCUGCUUACAUCGUUCUAAAUCAGAACUCUCGCCCUGUGCAAGGCCAGCAACUGAACGUGGACUGGGGCUAUAUAUUGGGGAUCCUGGGCAGUAUUCUAGCAAUACAGCUUGGGGCCCUGGUGCUGCUGCUCACGUUUGCGAAUAAGGGCAAGAUCUUGGACGAGAGCUUCUUCUCUAUUGCAAUGCUGCUGAGGCCGGUAAUGGACCGGCUGGGUGAGUCUGGGAGGGGGUUGAGUGGGAGCGAGAUUAUGUCGCAUCCCAUCGUCCGGAAUCAGUGGAUCAAGUAUGGUUAUCACGAUGAAGCUGAGGGGGUGGACAGAAAUGAGUUGCUGUUUGCGAGUGAGGAAGCAUCGAGACCGAGACUAAGGGCGUGGCAGCCUGGGAUCUACUCUUGA